UGUUGUGACAGGAGCUAGCAGUGACGUUGGCGCAUGCGUUAGCGGGUUUAGCUAGCCAUUUGUCUCCCAGCUUUAAACUGUCGUUUCAGCAACACAGAGGAUGUAACGCCUUUCCAGUUUAUUGUCCUACAUUAAAAGCUACACCGUGACUUAAAAACAUUUUGUGUAUCGGCGAACGUAGACUGAGACUGAGAGAACACAAAGAAGCAAAUUCUUUGGCGUUAAUCUGUGGGGAAACCAUUUUAUGAUUGCCAAUGCAUCCAAGCCAUAAGGAUACAAUCGUCUCGCUAGCUUAACUUAGCUAGCUAAACGAUACUAUCGGUGUCGUGGAUGGGUUCACUGUACAAGGGGCAAGAAACGCUGACCGGUGCUUAGCGAACAACAUGGAUACUGCCGAAGAAGCGGAUAUUUGUCGUGUGUGCCGCUCUGAGGGGACCCCAGACAAACCCCUGUACCACCCCUGUGUCUGCACUGGCAGUAUCAAGUUUAUCCACCAGGAAUGUUUGGUCCAAUGGCUGAAGCACAGCAGGAAGGAGUACUGUGAAUUAUGCAAGCACAGAUUUGCUUUCACACCAAUCUACUCCCCAGAUAUGCCCUCACGUCUGCCCAUCCAGGACAUUUGUGCUGGCCUGCUGACAAGCGUGGGCACGGCCAUUCGCUACUGGUUUCAUUACACACUGGUGGCCUUCGCAUGGCUUGGAGUGGUUCCUCUCACAGCAUGUCGCAUCUAUAAGUGUCUUUUUACCGGCUCUGUGAGCUCUCUUUUGACACUGCCAUUGGACAUGCUCUCUACAGAGAACCUGCUUGCAGAUUGUCUACAGGGUUGUUUUGUGGUGACGUGCACCCUGUGCGCAUUCAUAAGUCUGGUAUGGCUCAGAGAGCAGAUAGUCCAUGGUGGUGCCCCCCAGUGGUUAGAGCAGCACCAACCACCACCACCCAAUGCAGCUGGACAAGCCAAUGAGGCACAGGCUGCAGGUCAAGGAGCAGCCGAUGAGCCUCCUGCAGCCCAGCCAGCUCCUGCUGAUCCUCCGGCCCAGAAUGAGGCCGAGCCUGAGCCCCCUGAUGUCCCACCAGAUCAGGGUGAUGAUCCAGAGCUUGAAGAAGAAGAGGGAGCAGCUGCUGAAGAUGCAGACCCCAACAAUGGAGCACAAGAUGACAUGAACUGGAAUGCUUUGGAGUGGGACAGAGCAGCAGAGGAGCUCACCUGGGAAAGGAUGCUUGGCCUGGAUGGUUCACUGGUAUUUUUGGAACAUGUGUUUUGGGUAGUGUCUCUCAACACACUCUUCAUCUUGGUCUUCGCAUUUUGUCCCUACCACAUUGGACACUUCUCUGUUGUUGGUCUUGGCUUUGAGGAAUAUGUCCAAGCGUCUCACUUUGAGGGAUUGAUCACAACAAUUGUGGGCUACAUACUGUUGGCCAUGACGCUCAUCCUGUGUCAUGGACUGGCUGCUCUGGUCAGGUUCCAGCGCUCCCGGCGUCUCCUGGGAGUCUGCUACAUUGUUGUCAAGGUGUCCUUGCUGGUUGUUGUGGAGAUUGGUGUUUUUCCACUGAUCUGCGGCUGGUGGCUGGACAUCUGCUCUUUAGAGAUGUUUGAUGCCUCACUUAAAGACAGAGAAUUGAGUUUCAAGUCAGCACCUGGUACCACUAUGUUCCUGCACUGGCUUGUAGGAAUGGUCUAUGUCUUCUACUUUGCUUCAUUCAUCCUUCUACUGAGAGAGGUGCUGAGACCUGGAGUGCUGUGGUUUCUGAGAAACCUCAAUGACCCAGAUUUUAACCCGGUGCAGGAAAUGAUUCACUUGCCCAUCUACAGACAUCUGCGGCGGUUCAUCCUGUCUGUGGUUGUCUUUGGCUCAAUCGUGUUGCUCAUGCUGUGGCUUCCCAUCAGGCUGAUAAAACUGCUGCUGCCCACCUUCCUCCCAUACAAUGUCAUGCUCUACAGUGACGCCCCAGUCAGUGAGCUGUCUUUGGAGCUAUUAUUACUUCAGGUUGUGCUUCCGGCUCUACUUGAACAGGGACAUACUCGCCAGUGGCUCAAAGGCCUGGUCAGAGCCUGGACAGUCAGUGCUGGAUAUUUACUUGAUCUCCACUCCUACCUCCUUGGCGAGCAGGAGGACAAUGAUGCUAACCAGCCUGUCAACAACAACAACAAUAACAAUCCUCCACAUGGACAUCAGAACAACAAUAACAACCCUGCCCCAGCUGUUGGUGAGGGGCUUCAUGCAGCCCAUCAGGCCAUUCUGCAGCAAGGGGGACCAGUGGGUUUCCAGCCCUACCACCGACCUCUUCGCUUCCCAUUAAGGAUUGUGUUGCUGAUAGCCUUCAUGUGCAUCACUCUGCUAGUGGCCAGUCUGGUGUGCUUAACCCUACCAGUAUUCACUGGCCGCUGGCUGAUGUCCUUCUGGACAGGAAAUUCCAAAAUCCAUGAGCUGUACACAGCAGCAUGCGGUCUGUAUGUCUGCUGGCUGUCUAUCCGCGGAGUCACCGUUCUGCUGGCCUGGAUGCCGCAGGGACGCACCGUUAUCAUGCGCAAAGUCCAGGAGUGGACUCUGAUGAUCCUGAAGACCCUUGUUGUGGCUUUGCUGGUCGCUGGAGUUAUUCCACUGCUACUGGGCCUGCUGUUUGAACUAGUCAUUGUGGCUCCUCUCAGGGUACCCCUGGAUCAAACACCCCUCUUCUAUCCAUGGCAGGAUUGGGCUCUUGGAGUGCUUCAUGCCAAAAUAAUUGCUGCCAUCACUCUCAUGGGCCCUCAGUGGUGGCUGAAGACUGUUAUUGAGCAGGUUUACGCAAACGGAAUUCGCAACAUUGAUCUCCAGUUCAUCAUCCGUAAACUGGCAGCUCCUGUUAUCUCAGUUCUGCUGUUGUCCCUGUGUGUGCCAUACGUCAUCGCCGCCGGGGUGGUGCCUGCUGUAGGAGUUACUCCAGAGAUGGAGAUCCUAAUGCAGAGGAGAAUCUACCCAUUCCUGUUGAUGGUGGUCUCUCUUAUCGGCAUCCUUUCCUUCCAAAUUCGGCAAUUUAAACGCCUUUAUGAACACAUCAAGAAUGACAAGUACCUGGUUGGCCAGAGGCUUGUCAACUACGAACGUAAAGCUGGCAGAGGAAGCUCAGUCCCUCCCCCUAACCCUGUCACAGAGUAAAUUUUUAUGUCACAUGUUGCCACAUUUUUGCACCUCUUACCCUGCAUACAGCCUGUCCAAUCCUUCCUUCCCAUCCCAUCCUUUUUGAUUUUCAACUCAGUCCUCGGACCGUAAUCCUUUUUUUGAAUCUCCUGUGGAUCUUGGUGGAUUUGAUGGAUGUUGUUCAGUUUCCUUUCUUGCCCAUCAAACAUGGGACAGAAAAAUGUAUUAUAAUCAUGGGACAGCAGAUUAACUCCCUCAAACAAAACAAACGGAGUAGGCAGGAGGGUUAAAGGUUUGAUUUAAAGCUCAACAUCUGUAUUGUCAUCCAUGCCUUGCUUUGUAAAUUGCUGCCUGAUAAUUGUACAUGUGUAAAUAUUUUGAAUGCAGUCUUUCAGUGCAUGUCCACUAGAUGCGACUUUCCCACACGGCAAGGCACCGCAUCUCAAAAUCGCAUGGAUGGCGAGCAGACCACAACUGACAGCGCUCAAGCAACAGCGGGCCGAUACGUGGUCACGUGACCAAGCUUUCAGCUUACUGUUGUGACAGUCUGGCAGGCAUGUCAGAUAAACACAGCAGCUCAGCCGCAAACUUUCCCUUUUAUUUCAAGAACACUUCCGCCAAAAUUAUUUCUGAAAGCAUUUGACACGAGAAAUAAACUGUGCAGCAGCUGAAUCUGUGCUUGUUUUAGUUCACCGACGGCUAGUUUAGAUGUUUGAGGACAGUUUCACGCGUGGAAUCUCCGCACCCCGCAUCUAAUUUGCAUAAAGUAGAACUCCAGUCUACUUUAUGCAAAUGAGCUGCGGCCCACUCCGGGUAAACACACCGGACCAGAAUGCCACAAGCGGAGUGUUUCCAGGUGCGAUCUGGUGUGUUUACCCAGGGCGGGCCACAGCUCAUUUGCGUAAAGUAGACUGGACUUCUACUUUAUGCAAAUUGGAUGCGGGGUGCGGAGAUUGCACGCAUCAUGAAACUGUCCUCAAACAUCUAAACUAUCCAUCGGUGAAAUAAAACGAAGACGGAUUCAGCUGCGACACAGCUUAUUUCUCACCUCAAAUGCUUUCGGAAAUACUUUUCGCUGAAGUCUUUUUGUAAUAUUAGACAAGGAUUGCGGCUGAGCCGAUGUGUUUAUCCGUCUCAUCUGCCGGACUGUUAAGCUGAAAGCUCGGUCACGUGACAAUGUUGUGGUCCGCGACUGACCGCCCGCUGGCCGUGCGAUUUUCAGAUGUGGUGCAUUGCCGUGUGGGAAAAUUGCAUCCAGUGGACAUGCACCUUUUAUCUUUAAAAACAUAAAGGACAGAUGUGGAUUAAUGAAAUGACCAUUGUAUGUCUUUAAAGUGUAUGCAUAAUUUAUUAAAUCAAAAUGAAAGUUUG